AUGGCAUUCAACCAGCAACCCAUCGCGCUCCUCUCCGUCUACGACAAGACCGGCCUCCUCCCGCUCGCCCAGGGACUCGCUGAUGCCGGCGUCCGCCUCCUCGGCUCGGGCGGCACCGCCAAGGCCAUCCGCAACGCUGGCAUGAAGAUCGAGGACGUGUCAGACAUCACCAAGGCGCCCGAGAUGCUCGGCGGCCGCGUCAAGACGCUGCACCCGGCCGUCCACGGAGGUAUCCUCGCCCGCAACAUCCCGUCCGACGCUUCCGACCUCGAGGCGCAGAAGAUUGCGCCGAUCAACGUCGUCGUCUGCAACCUCUACCCGUUCAACGAGACCAUCGCCCGCAUCCCUCCCCCUUCCAUCCCCGAGGCCGUCGAGGAGGUCGACAUUGGAGGCGUCACCCUCCUCCGUGCCGCCGCCAAGAACCAUGACCGCGUCGUCAUCCUCUCGGACCCGAAGGACUACGACGAGUUCCUCGCUCAGUGGAAGGCCGGCAAUGGCCAGGUCUCGGAGGAGUUCCGCCAGCGCAUGGCCGUCAAGGCCUUCUCGCACACCGCUGCCUACGACACCUCCAUCUCCAACUACUUCCGCCGGCAAUACGUCUCAGCCGACGGUCUCGCCGACGCCCCUGCCGACAAGAAGGCAGACCUCACUGAGCGCGUCCAGCAGCUCACCCUCCGCUACGGCGCCAACCCGCAUCAGAAGCCCGCCCAGGCGUACGUGACCGAGGGCAAGCUUCCCUUCACCGUCCUCUCCGGUUCGCCCGGCUACAUCAACCUCCUCGACGCCUUGAACUCGUACGCUCUCGUCCAUGAGCUCUCGCGCGCCUUCACGCCCGCCAAGGCCGCCGCCGCCUCGUUCAAGCACGUCUCGCCCGCUGGCGCAGCCGUUGAGACCAAGCUCACCGAGGCGGACGUCAAGGUGUUCGACGUUGACGGCGUUGGCGAGCUUUCGCCUAUCGCCUCGGCUUACGCUCGUGCUCGCGGUGCCGACCGCAUGUCCUCCUUCGGCGACUUCAUCGCUCUCUCCCACACCUGCGAUGUCCCGACCGCCAAGAUCAUCUCGCGCGAGGUCUCGGACGGCAUCAUCGCUCCCGGCUACGAGCCCGAGGCGCUCGACAUUCUCAAGAAGAAGAAGGGCGGAAAGUACUGCGUUCUCCAGAUGGACCCGUCGUACAACCCUGGUACGCAGGAGACUCGCCAGGUCUACGGCAUCACGCUCGAGCAGCGCCGCAACGAUGCCAAGAUCGACGCCGAGACGUUCGGCAACAUCGUCUCGAAGAACAAGAACCUCUCGCCUGAGGCUCUCACGGACUUGAUCGUCGCGACCACCGCGCUCAAGUACACGCAGUCCAACUCGGUCUGCUUCGCGUACAACGGCGGCACGAUCGGUCUCGGCGCUGGCCAGCAGUCGCGCAUCCACUGCACGCGCCUCGCAGGCUCCAAGGCCGACGCUUGGUGGCUGCGACACCACCCGCGCGUACUGUCCUUCAAGUGGCGCAAGGGCAUCAAGCGCGCCGACCGCUCGAACGGCACCGACGUCUUUGUCACGGGCGAGAUCUUCGACUCUGACCCUGCCGGUUCGGAGCGCAAGGAGUGGGAGUCGCUGUUCGAGCAGGGACAGGUGCCCGAGCCGCUGUCGGCCGAGGAGAAGAAGCAGUGGUUCGAGGAGAUCAAGGGCAAGGUGUCGCUCUCGAGCGACGCGUUCUUCCCCUUCCCCGACAACGUCUGGCGAGCGACGAGGAGCGGCGUCGGCCACUUUGCGGCGCCGAGCGGGUCCGUCAUGGACGAAAAGGUCAUCGAGACGGCCGACGAGAGCAACGCCGUCUACGUCUUCACCAACCUUCGCCUCUUCACCCACUAA